CCUACAACUAAUCCACCAUACAGAACAGACACCGCCGAGGCAUCUCACUCUCCCCUCGCGCUCGAAACAUCGGCUACCCACAGCCGAGCGCGGUGUCGAUCCACUCCACUGCGGAGCGGUAGCGGUAGCGGUAGCCGACAAGCACGUUUCUGGGUUGAAGACGGCUAGCCGCCAUCAUGGACACACGACCAGCCCUGGAUGGGUGUGGGGUGGGGUGGGAAAGCCGGACAACACCCGAUUCAUAAUACGGCCCAGGUCCCCGGCAAUUUUCCUUGUCGUCAUUUUUUUCUCUUGUGACGGUUCUCUACCAUCUUUCUUUCUAAUGUUUUACUUCUUUGGUCCUGUGGAGUCUUGAAGAUCAAGUGACGAGACUUUGUUUAUCUCUCCCUCUCUCUGUCAUACCAAGGCGGUUUUGUUGAAUCGCUGUGUGAGCUUUUCCGUCUGGCAUUGAGUUCUCGCGCCCUUCCUCCUGUCGUAUCCACAUCGGCACCGACUCGGCGAAAAAGACUCAUCAAGAGAGGAAGAAAGAUGACUACCACAUCACACGAUCCGGAAAAGGAUUCUUUUCCGCCGGAAGAAACCAAAGACCCAGGCCGCGGCGAGGAACAGAGCAGCAGCAGCCAAUCGAGUGACAGCGAAGAUGAGAUUACAGAAAUUGGCCGGAGGAACGGAGACCGGUCCCGCAAGUCUGCCGGGGCCGAUGCCGAUGCCGAUUCGGAGGGGGACGGGGAGGUGGAGGGAGUAGAUGGGGACCCAUCAGCAGCCGACAACGCCCCGGCGAGAACGCGGUCCCGGGCCUCGUCCAUCCGCUCCCGCGCCCUCUCUAUCGUAGCCCGGUCUAAACGGCGUGGGUUUCUCGCACAGCUCACCACCAUCCCGGAGGUGGAUAACCCGUAUAAUUACACCAACAAGACGAAAUGGACAAUCACCUUGAUCAUCGCUCUCGCCGCGGCCGUCUCACCCAUGGGCUCAUCCAUCUUUUAUCCCGCCCUCACCGAAAUGUCCAAAGAAUUCGGCGUCACCCCCACAAUCACCAACCUCUCGGUAGCAUUCUACAUGCUCGCCAUGGCAAUCUUCCCCCUCUGGUGGUCCUCCUUCUCCGAGACCCUCGGCCGCCGCACAAUCUACCUCUUAUCCUUCACCCUCUUCGUCCUCUUCUCCAUCCUCUCCGCCGUCAGCGUAAACAUCGAGAUGCUCAUCGUCAUGCGCCUCCUCGCCGGCGGCGCCAGCGCCAGCGUCCAGGCCGUCGGCGCGGGAACCAUCGCCGACAUCUGGGAGCCGCGCGAGCGCGGCCGGGCCAUGAGCAUCUUCUACCUCGGGCCCCUCACUGGCCCCCUGUUGGCACCGAUCAUCGGCGGCGCGCUGGCGCAGCGGUUCGGGUGGCAGUCGACCAUGUGGACGCUCGCCAUCUACGGCGGGCUCGUCCUCGUCAUGAUCCUGUUCUGUCUGCCCGAGACCCUCGCGCGUCCCAGACCUGUGGCGAUACCGCAGCAGUCUCAACUCGUAUCAGAAGGCACCGAAAAGAACGCCCUCGCCCGGACGAAAACAACAGAAUCCGUAAAAGUCCACUCCAAAAAAGCAGCCGCCUUCUUCAAAAAGUCCUUCAUCGACCCCCUCUCCGUCCUCCUGUACCUCCGCUUCCCCCCCGUCGCCAUAACAGUCUGGUUCGCCGCCGUCACCUUCGGCGCCCUCUUUGUCGUGAACAUCUCCGUCCAGGCCACGCUGUCCCAGGCCCCCUACGGCUUCAGCGAGCUCAUCAUCGGCCUCUUCUACUUCCCCGCCGGCCUGGGCUACUUCCUCGCCUCCCUCCUCGGAGGCCGCUGGCUCGACGUCAUCAUGGCGAGGGAGGCCCGCAAGGCGGGGCGGUACGACCCCGACGGGAAACUGAUCCUGCUGCCGGAGGACAGGAUGCGCGAGAAUAUCUGGAUCGCGGCGACGGUGUACCCGGCUUCGCUCAUCUACUACGGCUGGGUGGUGGAAAAGGGCCUGUUUUGGUUUGUGCCGUGUAUCGGUCUGUUUACGUUUGGCGCCAGCUCGAUGCUCGUGUUUGGCGCCGCCACGACCAUGCUAACCGAAUUCAUGCCCAAACGCAGCUCGGGAGGCGUGGCGGUCAACAACUUUGUCCGAAACAUUUUCAGUUGCAUUGGUGCGAUUGCCGCGCAGCCCGUUAUCAACGCCAUCGGCAACGGGUGGCUCUUCACGAUACUGGGCAUCUUUGCGUGGGUGUCGGGCUACGUCUGCGUCUGGACCCUCAGGAAGAAGGCCCCCGAGUGGAGGAAGAGCAUGGACGCGGCGUUGAAUAAAUGACGAGAUUUUAUGAUUUGCUUGUCUUGCGCCCCUUGAAGUCGCAUUCAUCUUAUAGAAUGGCGAUGAAGGGGCACGGCAGUUAUAGAGGUUUAAAGUAAUAGAUCUUUUGUUGCCUGAAAUUGUAUAUGCUUCCGGAGAGACGAGCCAAUAUCACACCGCCUCUCUCUGAAAUGCUCUUGCGCCCGCAGCUUAUCAUCACUCCCUUUGUCUACC